AUGAACCGGCGCAUCAUCGCUCUCUUCAUUCGACGUUGGGUCAUGCGCCGCCGCAGAGAUGUCCUGUUGCAGUACUGCCGAUACUACUACGCGUCCUACGUUGUCAAGACACCGAAGCGUGUGUCCAUACUCUCCGGGUCGCAGUGGAUGAACGAGAUGCUCCAAGGAAACGAAAGCGCUUUCGUUGAAAACUUUCGCAUGCCGAAAGUCAUCUUCAGGGCGCUGGCACAUGAACUCAGCACUCAUGGUGGCUUGUCCAACACGCGUCACCUCGAUGUCACCGAGCAGUUGGGUAUCUUUCUCUUUUUUGCUGGCCAGCAUGCUUCGAGCGCCCAACUCCAGCAGCGUUUCCAACACUCCGCCCUAAACAAUGAAUUUAACCCUGGAAUUGCCAAAAAAGCGUUAUUGGAGAUGCCAGCUAAUGUCACCUCGGAUCGCUACCAACACGAGUCAGAAGCUCAACUUUCCAGUCGCUGUCCCGACGCCUCGCAGCGUCGUGCCUCAGUCAAGCCAGCACUUCCCAUGAGCCGGUACGCUAGUCUCAAUCCGACAUCGGUCUCUCAAAACGUCUUCCAAGAAAGGAAUGCUCCAGUCCGCGAGACUCGCCACCGACGACAUCCAUGUUCAUUAUUGGUGACUCCGACGACGACUCUGACGAUGAACUGGCCGUCCUUGCUGAUGCUACACAUGACGCGGGUGUAG